CUCGUCGUUCAGUUCAUAAUUCAGUUCUCUUGGAGUCGACGGAUCGCAAGCAUUCAAGUAUCGGGUCUCUUAUCGCUGUGUAAAUCAUUUACAGUCAUUUAACAAAACUAUGACCGCAAUUACUGGACCAAAAUUCAUCUUGGACUUUGAGAAGCUGAAGGAAGCAUUCGCUGAGAUAUGCCCGGGCUUUUCUGAGGAGCCGAGCUAUGAGGAGGCCAGUGUGGCUCGCCGCUUUGCAGAGCAGGUGAUCUUCUCCUACAGCAAGCAGGCCAAGGCAGCCAAGGCCGAGAAGAAGGACAAGACCUGGACCAUACGGCUGGACACGAAGAACAAAGAAGGGUUUGAUGUUCGCAAUGAGGUGCACAUACUGACGCACUUUCUCCGGGAACCGCUGCUUACCCAGCCGUUCGUGAUGCGCAACCAGCUGCGGAUCACAUUUAAGCAGGCCAGCCUGCUGGCGGUGCACAAGUACUGCCAACUGGUGCCGCAUCUGGUGAAGCGCGGGGAGGUUGUGCUCACGCCGCUGGCUGGAGCAGUGUUUGCCCAGGACGACAUGCCGAAGCUAGCAGAGACACUGGGCGUGCCUCUCGCCGACCUGGUUAUGGCUGUCAUCAGUAGCUGCCAGACGGACGGCUACUACCUGGAGCACAGUCGCUGUCACAUCGCUUUGGUGGCACUCGUUAAGACGGUCGCCGAUGACAAGAUGCGUGCCUCGAUCGUUAAGAAAACCAUCAAAAUGUACAAGCAGCACGGUAAGCACUUCGACAUCGAAAAAUUCAAGGUUUGGAGUACAUUCCAGCGACGUUCUGCUCCUGUCCUCGAGCAAGAGCUCCGUCACAGACGGGGACGAGUAUGAUGAGCUGGCCGCGCAGGUUCUGGCCUUCCAACUGAGCAGCAAGAACAAGGGGGAGCCAACCCAGAUGAAAGGAAAACCCAAGCUACCAAUGAAAUGUGCAGCCAAGUUUCAGUUUCCCAAAACCAACCACAUGUGAAGAUCCCAAUAAAUCUGAACUGGAAUCAAGCACCUACUCGAGCAUGGCAAAGCUCCCACAUAUUACGCACUGCGCCAGCAAAUUUGUAUUCUAUUUACUCAAUAAAACUCACUUUACUGCGGCUCAGUGUGAACUCAA